AUGGGGAUUGUACUACAGAUGUUGAGGGAGGAGAAGCUUUAUGCUAAGUUCUCCAAGUGUGUGUUUUGGCUCAGUCCGGUGGCGUUCUUGGGGCACAUGGUGUCCGGCGAGGGUAUCAAGGUGGAUCCAAAGAAGAUUGAGGCGGUUCAGAGUUGGCUCAAACUGUUUUCAACUACUGAGAUUCGAAGUUUUCUCAGUGUGGCUAGAUAUUAUCGUCGCUUCGUGGAGGGUUUUCUCGUCCAUUGCAGCGCCUUUGACCAGGUUGAUCCAAAAGGGUGCAUGCCUAGAAACUUCUCAAGAACUGAUGAAUUGCUUGAAGCAUUACCAGACCCUGAGAAAGCUUUAAAGGCACUAAAUCGAGCAAACAAGAAAGACAAACGACAACAGAACUCAACAGAACAUAUCGAAAUAGACAUGAGUGAUGCAGAGGCGGCUUAA